ACAGCUAAGAUAUCAGAGAUAUGCAGGCCCAAGUUGAGCAUCUACCAGGCAAAAUUAGCAGCUAGACUAGAGUUUUACAACUUCGAUUCGAUUAAUAAAGGACCAACGAAUUGAUCAAAAACACAAAAAAGAGGGAGAAUGAUGUCGUUUUGAUCCACUGCAAAUGCAACCGCAACCGCCUCGUCAUCUCUGAACUCACCCAGCCCAAAAAUCCCAACCAUCGAUAAUGAGAGUGAGCUCCGGCGAUGGCCUCAGUGGCGGCGCCACCUCCGCCGCCUCCGCCACUGCCGCCGCGGCUUCCAGGGACGCCGAGGCCCUCUUCCGCUCCAAACCCAUCUCCGAGAUCCGAACCGUCGAGUCCACCACCCGAACCCAGAUCCAAUCCAAGAUGGAGGAGCUCCGCCAGCUCGUCGGCACCCGCUACCGCGAUCUCAUCGACUCCGCCGAUUCCAUCGUCCUCAUGAAGCGCUCCUCCCACUCCAUCUCCCUCAACAUCUCCUCCGUCCACGCCUCCAUCGAUUCCCUUUCCUCCUCCGCCUCCACCCCCGACCCGCCCGACCCCUCCCGCCACGACCCGACCCGCCACCGCAUCUACGGCAUUGCCUGCCGGGUCAAGUACCUCGUCGACACCCCCGAGAACAUCUGGGGCUGCCUCGACGAGUCCAUGUUCCUCGAGUCUGCCGCGCGCUACUCCCGCGCCAGUCACGUGCACUCCAUCCUCACGCUCCCCGGUCACGUGCGUUUCCUCUCCAACUUCCCUCUGCUCCAGCACCAGUGGCAGAUCGUCGACAGCUUCAAGUCUCAGAUCUCUCAGCGCGCCCGCGACCGCCUAUUCGAUCGGGAGCUCCAGCUGCCCAUCUCCUCCUACGCCGACGCAUUGGCAGCCGUUGCUCUGAUCGACGACCUCCGCCCCGAGCACGUCCUCUCGCUCUUCCUCGAGACUCGGAAGUCGUGGGUCUUGCAGAUACUCAACGCCUGCGGUGUCGAUGCGCAGUGCUCCGACGUCGUUUCGGUGCUGUGCGAGGCCUUGAGGGUGAUUCAAGUGACUGUGGGGCAGGUUGGGGAGCUCUUCUUGCGGGUGUUUAACGACAUGCCGUUGUUUUACAAAGUGGUUUUGGGUUCCCCACCUGCAUCUCAACUGUUUGGUGGAAUUCCCAACCCGGAUGAGGAGGUCAAGCUUUGGAACUCGUUCAGGGAGAAGCUGGAGGCCGCCAUGGGAAUGCUGGAGAAGGAUUAUAUUGCCAAGGCUUGUCGCUCGUGGCUUAAGGACUGUGGAGGCCAGAUGGUGGAUAAGAUCAAUGGGAGGUUUCUCAUUGAUGCCAUUGGCAGCGGCCAUGAGCUCGCCUCAGCUGAGAAGUUGAUUAGGGAGACUAUGAAUAGCAAAGAGGUAUUAGAAGGGAGCUUGGAGUGGCUCAAGAAUGUUUUCGGGUCCAACAUUGACCUGCCUUGGAGUAGAAUGAGUGAACUUGUUCUGGGAGACGAUUCGGACCUAUGGGACAGUAUCUUUGAACCAGCAUUUGUCGGGAGGAUGAAGGUGAUUGUGGACCGCAGGUUUGAGGAGCUCACGAGGGCCGUGAACGUUAAGGAGGGUGAACCCAUUGAUUUUCUUGGUGCUGGUGGUGGAAUUUGGUUUGUAGAAGCCAAAUCGAAUCAUGGUAAAAAGGGUACUUCUGCUCUGCCUUGUGAAGAGAAUUGUCUCAAUUUCUAUUUUGGUCCUCAAGCUAGUGGUAUUAGGGAUGCUGUGGAUGGUAGCUGUCAGGGGGUUCUUGAUGACUUACUGUGUUUCUUAGAAUCUCCAAAGGCAGCCCUUAGAUUAAAGGAUCUGGCACCCUAUCUACAAGAUAAAUGUUACCAAACCAUAUCUGUUAUAUUGAUGCAACUGAAUAGUGAGCUUGGGAAUUUGGAAAGUGGCAAAGACAAGCAAGGGCUGGUAACCGUUGAGAGGGCACUUUUCAUUGGGAGACUCUUGUUUGCAUUGCAGAACCACUCCAAACACAUUCCCAUCAUACUUGGCCCUCCAAGGUCUUGGGCAAAUGCAACUGGGUCUGCAGUUUUCGAUAAGUUACCAUCCAUGUUGAGACAAUCUAGAGCCCCCACUGAUUCUCCCGUGUUUGAUAGCCCCUUGGGUUCUAAAAGGCACACUUCAUCUGCUACUGCUGCAUUGCUUGGAGCAAGCCAAAGUGCAAGCCCUAAACUUGAAGAACUUAAUGUAACUAUGCGAGAUCUCCGCAUUAGAGCGCAUGGUUUGUGGAUGUCAUGGUUGUCCGAUGAGCUUUCAGUUAUUCUUUCUGAUGAUCUUGAAAAAGAUUAUGCUUUGUCAUCAUCAAGUCCUCUGAGGGGUUGGGAAGAGACAGUAGUUAAGCAAGAGCAGUCUGAUGAUAACCAAUCAGACCUGAGAAUUUGGCUCCCAUGCAUGCCUUCCCUCUAUGUAACCUCGUUUCUCUUCCGUGUAUGCAAAGAAGUUCAUCGAAUUGGAGGUCAUGUUCUUGACAAAACAAUUCUGCACAAGUUUGCAUCAAAGUUGUUGGAAAAGGUCAUCGAUAUUUAUGGGGACUUCCUUUCUACUCUAGAGGCUGGUGGAACUGAAGUGUCUGAAAAAGGAGUUUUGCAAGUUUUGUUAGAUUUGAGAUUUGUUGUUGAUGUUCUUUCUGGGGGUGAUUCCAAUGUGAGUGAGGAGCCAUCUAUAAACCUAAAGGCAAAAAGUCCUUUCAGACGGAAGCAGGAACAAAGCCACGUGAAGUCUGUCAUUAGAGAGCGUUUUGAUGGGUUGAUAAAUCGCCUUUCACAAAGAUUGGAUCCCAUAGAUUGGCUUACGUAUGAGCCAUAUCUCUGGGAAAAUGAGAGGCAAUCAUACCUACGGCAUGCUGUCCUUUUCGGAUUCUUUGUGCAACUUAAUCGCAUGUAUACAGAUACUGUUCAAAAACUUCCUACUAAUUCCGAGUCCAAUAUAAUGAGAUGCUCUUCAGUUCCUCGCUUCAAGUACCUUCCCAUCAGUGCCCCAGCAUUGUCUUCAAGAGGGACAGCUAAGACGUCCAUUCCAACAUCUUCAGAUGAUAUUUCUUCGAGAAGUACCUGGAAAUCUUAUGCAAAUGGAGACCUGUCCAGUAAGCUUGAUUUGGAUGAUAACUCGAGUUUUGGGGUUGCAGUACCAAUUUUUAAAUCUUUCAUGCAGGCUAGAAGCAUAUUUGGAGAGAGCACAUUGAAACUGGGAUCAAUGCUAACAGAUGGGCAAGUGGGCAUAUUCAAGGAUAGAUCAGCAGCCGCCAUGUCGACAUUUGGUGACAUUCUACCUGCCCAGGCUGCAGGUCUUCUCUCAUCGUUCACAACUUCCAGAUCAGACUCUUGAUUGCCUACAGAAUCCUUCAGUCUUAUCUUCUUUUGGGCAUAUAUAAGUAAUUUUUCACUGUGGAGAAACAGUGGAGUCUCACCAAGCAUGAGAUUAGGGCGCCAGAGUUUGCAGUGCUUAUUUGAAACCAGGUAGAAAAGGUAUGUGAUUGAAAUGAAGCCCUGAGUUUUGGAUUUUAGUUGAAGUUUCAGGUGGGGGAUUAGGAAACUUAAAAUGAUGAGGUUAUGUAUAGAAGCCAGAUAGGUUGAGUCUUUUUUUUCUUUUUUCGAUUAAUUCAUUUUUUGCUUCCAUAGCUUAUUAUUUUCCGGGGUUCUGUUAUUAUAAACUUGUAUUCUUUUAUUUAUUUAUACCUUUUGAUGUUUGGAAAGAGCUGUCUGGUUAUGGAUAUUGUUUGUACUUUAGUGGACAGCUUGAACACUGUUGUUGUACUUUAGUUUAUAGAUUCUGAAUAAAAUAUUUGUGUUUCCAAUCAAAAGAAAAAAGUUUGGGCAGGUGUUGUUUGUGUUGAAGUUACUGCUGGUGUUCCCUGGCUGUUAAGCUGUUAGUUGUCUGCACUUUUGCUGACUUCCUAUUGAUUUCUAUAUUUGGUUUUUCUUUCUAUUUUCGGGAGAGGGGUGUUGCUUCUGUUAGUUCCUUGUGAAAUGAAUUAUUACAAGUCUUCUAAGCCUCUUUACCACAAGUUGUUUUUCCAUGUCUUAUUAAUUUGUCAUCGCUGUUUAGUUAUCCUGACAAUUCCAUCGAGUGGCUCACCACCAUCUGAAUUAUGCUUUAAGCUCUGUAACAAAGAAUGUGUCAACCAUUUAGUCUGUCAACAUACUAUGUAGUCUGCUGAGUGCUGUGUAUGUUAAUCAUGUGUUGUUGACUGCUUUACUAGUAGAAUGUUGUCUUGGAAGAGGCGUGUAGUUCGAGUGGUAGUACUUAAGAGCAUUCACCAUCCACCUGAGUUCUUGUCUUGGGUUACACCCCCAAUAUGGCUAGUGUUCUAAAAGUUUUAUAUAUCUUACCUUGUAUUUACACUUGCUCGAAAGCAAGGCAUAGUAAGUAUGGUCUGUCAUCACUAAAUUUAUUGUCUUUGUUUUUUUUUCUAAGAAGGCCCAGAAAAAGAACAGAAAAGCUGACGUGGGAGGAGUCACGGCAGUACCUAUAAUGGUUCUGAGUCGGACAGAAGCCAUUGAGUUCUCUUACAAUAUCUUCGUAUAUAUUUGCUCUACUUAAAUAGUAACCCUGCAUGGAAGACAAUUAGCCUUACUACGACUUUGUUGCUACUAUUUUGCUGCAUUACCAAGUCACCUUGAAUUGAGUUGUCUUUGGUCAAAUUCUGUGAUGAAUAGCAUCAAAGUCAAAACUGGUUUUCUGUUUUGUUUAUGUUUUUAUUAAGUAGAAGUCUGAGAUAUUCAAGUAUAUUUUGCAAGUAAGAAAAGUUUGGAAGCAUGCUGCUACGUAAAAAAAAUUACUGGAGUUGUUCACUAUUGUUAAAUCUAAAACUUCCUAUUGAGUCUUAUGAAGCAUCUCUACUUGAGUGCUCUGAAAAUGAUCCAAUACCUAUUUAAUGUAGUUUGCUGUGUUUUGUGUUUAUUAUAUUCUCUUCUUGUAGGCCAGUCGGAGUUGGAGGUCGCCACGAUUUGGGUGCCAACUUGGAGGAUGCUUGCGUGAUAUUGUUCCAUGUUCAAAUUCAAAUUCAAUUGUAGAAAUUGUAAAACCCUUUUCAUGUAUUAUUUGUUAUGUGUGUAUAACUUUCACUAUACGAAAUUAGCUGUAUGUACUCUUAACAUGUUAGUUAUGAGUUUUUGCAUAAAUGAUUUUUUUUUUUU